GGGUUUAAUAAAAUGAAAUUAUUUGGGAGAGAUAGCGUUUUGAUUAGCGCAAGUUUAGCACUGCUAGUGCUAGGAGUUUGGGGUUCAGAGUGUACAGGCAAUGUGACUAGUGUUCUAAGUGAGAUUUUGGGUAAUUUUGUAGAGCCAGAGGAGUUGGUGUCGUAUGCUUGGGGGCUUACGUACUCGGAUUCGUAUUUUAUUGAUGCUGUAGGGACGAGUAAGGAGGUAGAUAACAUGUAUAGCGGAUAUUUAUUGGAUUGCUUCAUCAGGAACAACUGUAAUAGAUGUGAUGAGGGAAAAUUCUGAUGGGACUAUCCCUUGGAUUAG